AUGUAUCUUAAUAUGGAAGGUGGGUGGAUAAUUCUGUCACAGAAGAGCUGGUCCCUUCUACUGCGCUGCCAGCUCGUGUCUAGGGGACCUUAGCAUCUGGAGCCAGGAUACUUCGCGAUUGUCUCCCUUGCAGGGAACUUGAGAUCACCUGUCAUUUUGGACCGUUUGCUGCUACCUGCCAGGUGGCCCCCACUGCUGUGGAAAAGUGAUGGACUUCUCAGUCUUCCUGAACUCCUACCAGAGAGGACAUCUGCCCAGCAGUCUCUUCUUCCUCACUCACCUGCUCCUCCUCCUCCAGCCCAGGGCAAUGUGCUCAGAGGAGAUCAGGGUGGUAGGCCAUGAGGAACCCAUUCUGGCACACGUCGGGGAUGAAGUGGAAUUCUCCUGCCACCUGUCACCAUAUCACGACGCCGAGCACAUGGAGAUCCUCUGGUUCCGGAGCCAGGCCUCGAACGUGGUGCACUUGUACCGGGAGCAGCAGGAGCUCUAUGGCUGGCAGAUGAAGCAGUUCCAGAACAGGACCCAACUCAUCACGGACGAUAUCGCAGACGGCAGCGUGACUCUGCGGCUCCGCCGCGUGGUCCCCGCCGACGAGGGUCUGUAUGGGUGCCGCUUCUCCAACGACUUCACUGGGGAAGCGACCUGGGAGCUGGAGGUAGCAGGACUGGGCUCAGACCCUCAUAUCUCCAUUGAGGGAUUCAAGGAGGGAGGCAUUGAGCUAAGGUGCCACUCCAGUGGUUGGUACCCCAAGCCACAGGCUCAGUGGAGAGACCAUCAAGGACGAUGCCUGCCCCCGGAGACUGAAAACAUCACUGAGGAUGUCCAAGGCCUGUUCAGUCUGGAAACAUCUGUGGUUGUCCAAGAGGGGGCCCACAGCAACGUGUCCUGCUCCAUCCAGAACCACCUCCUAGGCCAAAAGAAAGAGUUUGUGAUCCACAUAGCAGAUGCGUUUUUACCCGGAACCUCUCCCUGGAAGAGAGCUUUCCUUGGGACUCUGGUGGGCCUGCUGCUCCUUCUGGCUUUCCUCAUGAUGCUGCUGUUGCACUUCUUUCAGAAGCAACGGAAGUCCCAAGAAAAGCUGAAGAAGCAGGUAGAGAAAGACAAAGGGAAACUCACAGUGGAGCUGGGGAAGCUUCAGGUAGAGCUGGACUGGAGAAGGGCUGAAGGCCAGGCUGAGGCACUGACCCUGUGCCUUUGCGCAGUGGAUGUGACCCUGGAUCCUGGCUCCGCCCAUCCCAGCCUGGAGGUUUCCAAGGAUGGCAAAAGCGUGUCCUCACGCAGGACGGCGCCAGGCUCAGCGGUGGCCGACCCUCAGUGGUUCUCUGAGCAGACGUGCGUCCUGAGCCGGGAGCGCUUCUCCACUGGCCGCCACUACUGGGAGGUGCACGUGGGCCGCCGCAGCCGCUGGUUCCUCGGUGUGUGUCUGGCCGCGGUGCCGAGUGCAGGGCAUGCUCGCAUGAGCCCGGCCACUGGCUACUGGGUGAUGGGGCUGUGGAACAGCUGUGAGUACUUCGUCCUAGACCAGCACCGCCUCCCGCUCAGCCUGCGCGUGCCGCCCCGCUGCGUGGGCAUCUUUCUGGAUGUUGAGGCUGGAAAGCUGUCCUUCUUCAACGUGUCCGACGGCUCCCACAUUUUCACCUUCACUGACACCUUCUCGGGGAUGCUCUGCGCGUAUUUCAGGCCUAGAGCCCACGAUGGCAGCGAACACCCAGAUCCGCUCACCAUCUGCCCAUUACCAGUUGGUGAGAAAUGCGUUCUCGAAGAGGAGGACAGUGACGCCUGGUUUCAACCCUCUGAGUCCUCGAACCCUGCCCUGGGGUGAAGUGCUUUUGUGGCCACUGGACUGGGUCCUGGGCGGCUUCCUGGAUACCCAGCUGGCGCUAUGCUCUCCUGCUUCCUGUAAAGCCAACAGACACACUCACCCCACUGUCUGCUCCAGAAUGUCGGCAAAAGCUUAGAGGCAGAAAGGGGGCAAAGAGAGACCUUUGCCUAUGUAGAUGUGAAUGUGUACAUGUAUGAAUAUGAUUUUCUCUUUUUUUUUUUUAAAGAAAGACACUUCCAAAGCUUAUGUGUGUAUGUUGUAGGAUUGAGCAGAUGAGUAACCAUAUGUUCAUGUUGCUAGGAGUCAGUGUUCACUGUGAAGACAUGAAAGAAACUGGAUGGGGGGGAAAAGAGGAGAUAAUUUAUCAGAUAAGAUUAGGGGUGUCAGUUAAUUUCUGUAUUUUAAUAUUUUUGUAUGUAUUUUCUAGCUCUAGAAAGGUCUGGAAACAAUGACACUUCAUAAGCAAUAAGUUCACCUUAGGCUCAGAUGCUAGUUCUCACUGCCAAUUAGCACCAAAAUAAACUUGGAGAUGUGGUGAAA